AUGAAUUUAAAUAAAGAAGAUAAGUAAAUAUCUAUUUUAGGUUAAACUUAUUCGAUAUAUUUUGAUUUAAAUAAAAUAAAUAAACUUGAUAAAGAUUAUUAAUUCGGAAUAAAAAUGUCAGCCUAUAGAGAUUUUUGUUAAUCCAUUAAUUUCUCAAACGGAAUAUAUAUGUAAUUAAAUGAAGAGAAGAGUAGACCUAUUUAUAAAGCUUUUGUAGGAAAAGGGAACAAUUGUUUACUUAUAAGAAUGGUAAUUAAAUAAAGAUGGUGGUGGACAAUAACAGAUAAUAAAGAUGAUCAAAAUAUAAAUUUAUAUUGGACAUAAUUAAGAAAAAAUAAUAUUUUGGAUACUCUAAAAAGUCUAAAAAAUGAAAAUUAUCAAUAAAAAAAAUCAUCAUUGGCUAUUGAAUCUUCAAAAAACAUUCAAAGUGAAAGUAUUGAUGAAAGUAUGACAACUUCAAAUAGUUCAUCAAAUAAUAUUAUUGGGAAAAACUAAAAAAGUGAAAAAUAAAUAAAUAAAAAUUAAAUUUGUUUGAACAAAAUUUUAUCGAAUAAUGAUUUUUUACAAUUGGAUUAAAUUUUUAAAAAUAGACUUAAGAAAAAAUACAAUAAUUAAGGUUUAUCUAAUUUAACUUUUGUACAGUAAUUAAAUAAAGAUGUUUAAUUUAAAGUUUAUAAUGAUGUUAGUAAUAUGAAAAUACAUAAUCAUUUAUAGGAUAAUUUCCAUUUAAGUAAUAAAAAAGCUCUAUUCUAUAAUAUGAAAAAUUAUUAUGAAUCUCUAGGGUAAAAUUUGUUUGAUUACUUACCUUUAACAUUUCAUAUUCAAUAAGGAAAAAAAGAUAAGGAAUAUAUUAAAUUUGUUAACUAUUUUAAUUAGAUUAAAGAUUAAUAAUAGUAAUAAGGGAAUAUUAAACCUUAGUAAAAUGUUUGGAUUGUAAAACCAGGAGAAAUUACGAAUAGAGGAAGUGGUAUUAAAGUACUUUAGGACCUUUAAUAGAUUGAAAAUAUUAUCGAAUCUAAUGAGUUUCAUAAAAGUGGAAUGUAAAAAACUUACAUAAUUUAAAGGUAUAUUGAAUAUCCGCUACUUUAUUAUAAAAGAAAAUUCGAUAUUAGAUGUUAUUAUCUUCUUACGGGUAUAAAUGGAAAUCUAAAAGGUUAUUGGUAUUCGGAAGGAUAUAUAAGAACUGCUUCUAAAGAAUUUACUAUUAAAAAUUUAGGAAAAAUGAUUCAUUUGACAAAUGAUGCUAUUUAAAAAAAAGAUGAUUAAUACGGAAAAUAUGAAAAAGGAAAUAAAGUUAGUUAUGAAGAAUUGGAAAAAUAUAUCAAUUAGUUUUAUAAUAAUUAUGAUUUCUAAAAUGAUGUCCAUAAUUAAAUGAAAUAAAUUGCUACUGAUACUAUAAAAGCUGUCUAUGGAAAAAUAAAUCCUGACAAACUGGAAAAUACUUUAGAAAUUUUUGGAUUAGAUUUUAUGAUAGAUGAUAAUUUUAAAAUUUGGCUUAUAGAAGUCAAUACUAAUCCAGCUUUAGAAAUAUGUUGCCCCCUUUUAGCAAGAAUAAUUCCUUAAAUGAUUGAAAAUGUAUUUAGAAUUGCAAUUGAUCCUAUAUUUCCUUUGCCUAAUAAUACUAAUUCUAAAAAUUUUAACAUUGAUAAUUAUUUGGAAAAUAAUAAAUUUUAUCUAAUUUUUGAUGAAAAAAUAGAUGCUAUGUCUAUUAAAAUGACCGGAAAAGAUAAAAACUUAAAUUGGUAAAUGAUUGAAGAAGAAUAAAAAGAAAAUGAAGAAGAAGAUUAAGAUUGUAAUGAUGAAGAAUGA